UCUCUCUUUUCUCUUUUGCGGUGACGACUGUCUGUAAGAAUCCUAAGAGAGAAAAAAACGAAGGGGAUAUCGUAUUGCUUGUUUUCAAUGGCCAAUCUAUCUAUGAACGCGCCGUUCGGCGGUCCUAGCUCACUUUCCUCAAUCGCCGCCGCCGCCGGGAGUCAGGGUAACAAGGAUCGUAAGAUGCAAUCAGCUGAGCAGUUGGUACUCGAUCUUAGCAACCCUGAUCUUAGAGAGAACGCCCUUCUCGAGUUAUCCAAGAAGAGGGAACUGUUUCAAGAUUUGGCUCCACUACUAUGGAAUUCUUUUGGCACUAUUGCAGCUCUCUUGCAGGAAAUAGUUUCCAUAUACCCUGUUUUAUCACCGCCAAAUCUUACGCCGGCACAGUCAAAUCGAGUUUGCAAUGCACUCGCCCUCCUUCAGUGUGUGGCCUCUCACCCAGAAACAAGGAUGUCUUUCCUCAAUGCCCACAUUCCUUUGUACCUAUACCCUUUUCUUAACACAACCAGCAAAUCGAGGCCUUUCGAGUAUCUGAGGCUUACUAGCUUAGGCGUGAUUGGUGCCUUGGUGAAGGUUGAUGAAACGGAGGUCAUCAGUUUUCUGCUUUCAACUGAAAUAAUACCAUUGUGCCUUCGUACAAUGGAGAUGGGCAGCGAAUUGUCAAAAACAGUAGCUACUUUUAUUGUUCAAAAGAUUCUCCUGGACGAUGUGGGACUUGAUUACAUAUGCACUACAGCAGAGCGUUUUUUUGCUGUGGGUAGAGUCUUGGCUAAUAUGGUGGGGACUUUGGCUGACCAGUCCUCAUCUCGUCUGCUGAAGCAUAUCAUUCGGUGUUACCUUCGACUGUCUGAUAACUCUAGGGCCCGUGAUGCUUUGAGAAGUUGCCUCCCAGACAUGCUAAGAGAUGGCUCCUUCAGCAGCUAUCUUCGGGAUGAUCCGACAACUAGGAGAUGGCUCCAACAGUUGCUUACAAAUGUACAAGGACCUCGGCUGGGAUUACAGGCUGGGGGAGGGUUUGAUCAUAUGUUGGGUUAAAAUUAAACGGUAAUUGAUAGUUGGCUUGUUUUGGAACACAAUGAAUGUUUGUAGUACAAAUGAAUAUGAGUAUUUGUACAAAUGUGUAGCUGCUGUUGCUACCCUACCCAUAGAUUUUAUGGUUUUUCUAAUCUUAUAAGAUAUUACUUAUUAUGGCUUGCUUCUGAAUUCAAAUAAUCAUAUUAUUGAGAUAGUAGUAUUUUCUCCAACUUGUA